GCGGCCUGUCCCGGAACGAGAUCUAUACACAUUACGUUUGCCCCAGAUGCACCAGAGAAACGUUUGGUCGGAUACAUCAUGUCAAACAUGAUCGAAGGACAAAAAAAUGGAAUCAACAAAACAAGGGUUAGAAAAGGGAAAAAACGAACAACGCCCGUGUAAAUGCUUGACAACCCAGACCAAGAUUUCUCGGUGCCUUGACCCAUGUUCGCCGCCGCCCCAACCACCACCACCAGCGCCGUGGAAACUUCGUUCCCGCAAUAAAGACUUCGCCCCCAAGACCUCCGUUGCCCGUCAUGCCCAACCCAGGGAAGAGGAAAAACCUUUUGCCAGAACACCACCCUCCGUUUUCAAUUCCCAUGCGUCAAGCUGUGCAGCUCUGAUGCGUUGACCCUUGAACGCCGCCCCAAUGUGGUGAUCGCCCGCAAGGCAAACAAAAAGAAAUUAGGAACUAAAAAUACCGUUGUACCUGUUGCCAUAGGGGUAGGUAGCCGUAUCCUGUACCGCCAGGGUUCGGGAUCGCAGAGUAGGCUCUAUGGAUG